AGCUAUAAAUCUAUUCUUGUCUCAAUAUAUCCACUUCAGUCAAAGUAAAUUUUAUGUUUCUAUAACUUAUAUAUUUUCAUAUUCGUCCAGGCUAACUCAAUAGGAAUCAAGAUAUAGCAUCUCAUAGGUAAAGGAAUUAGAAUAAAUUAGUGGUUGAACAAAAAAAAUUGAUACUCGCACGCCAACGUUCAAAAUAUGGUUUUUGAUAAUGCUUUUAGUAGAAAAAAGAAAACUCCGAAAGUUAAUAAAUCAUAUCACGAAGUCACAAGGAACUAAAAUCUUACAGUAGAAAAUAUUAGUUAUCUCUUCAGAUUUUGAAAAAAAAUUGGUGAGAGACUUUCAGUAAAAUGUUCAUAUUUUUCUAAUGUAAGCCGUUAUUAAUUUCAACUUCGCAUGGAUCGACAGAGAAGAAAUGAAGCUAUAUGUUCAUUAUAUUAUCCUUAAGAAAGUAUAUUAUUUUCAAAAUAGAUUAAGAUCACUUCAAAAUUCAGGAUAUAUUCAAGAAGAAAACAGGCUGGAAUUUUUCAUCGACUUUAUAAAAAGAUAGAUCAAUGUCGACUAUAGCUAGUGCUAGAACUUGAUUUAUCUCUCUGUUUUCCUUGUAAAGUUAUUGAAAAAAUGCCCACAGCUGCUUAACUCUGAGAUGGACAUUGGUCAUUGUUGUUGGAGAAGAUAUUAGGCUAAUGAAUCGGCUUCUAGGCAGCACAUGAUACUGCAAGGAAACUGGAAGGUAGGGGUAUUCUUCCUUCUUCUUAUUCAUGUUUUAGCAAAUAAACUAUUGAACAAAAAUUUUAGAAACUAGAAUUUAAGCAGAUGCAACCAAAACAUGUGCUUUGUUUCUAGGCACUAUUUGUGAAUGAUUCCUAACUUUUCUUGUGCAUAGAAAUAGUCAUUGAAAUCAAUUUGUCAUAAAAACAAAAUAGAAGUGAGAAUAAUCGAAACGAAGCAAAAUAUGCAAGUAUAUACACAUGCAUAUUUUUGAUUAAAAAAGAAUGUUGCGAUUGAUGAUUGAUCUUUCUUUUAGUUUUUUGUUCUGUUUUGAUGGAAGAAACAUUUAAUUAAUAAGUAAAAGGAAUUAAUCUUUGAACUGUUUAAUGAUAAAUUCAUCAAAACACUACUUUGUCUUUUCUUCAUGAAAUUUUGUUUCUCACAAUAGAAAAUGAUCAUUUACAAAAUAAAUUGUAAAAAGAUUUUUUCUUUGAUAAAACAAAGCCCAUAUGCACUUACCUUGAGAUAUUUUUGCGCUUAGAACUUUUCUCUUACCGCUAAGACAAAAAAAUAUAUUUUAUUUUGUCUAUUCUCGAGUGCUCUGUUGAUUUUUUUCGGCUUGGAAGUUUUACUGAAACAAAAGAUUCGAAACUAGUUCAACCUUUUUUGUUUGCUUCUCCAACAGUUAGUUAAAGUGGUUCACAAUACCUUGCAUACAAUUGAUUUAUUCGUUUUUGAUCAUUUUCAUGAAAUCAGUUAAAUCAGUUAGAUAUAUAUUGAAAAAAUUAACACGCAUGUGGCGAGAUAAUUGAUAGGUUUUAUUGGUAAAAACCCGUUUAAUGCCUAUGAAUACUUUUCUCUUUCUUCCUUUAUGCAACAUGUGUUGUUACAUACGCAUGAUUUACUAAAGGAAAAGAAAAAAAACAGUAAACGGCAUCCUAUAUCAUUGUUAUUUUUCAUCUGCCAUGAUUCAAAACUUCAACAAUAAACUAGUGUGUGUUUAUUAAAAAAUCAAUAAAACUUUUUCCUCCGAAUUUCUACCAACUAAAUAAUGACAUUCAUAUUAUAACUUUAUUUUUCUCCUUUAGAAAAACGGAAGCUUCAUUAAUGUCUGUACUACCUCCAACUUUAAAGACUGAUCAAAAUCAAAUAAGCACUAGUGAAAAUGGUAAAACUAGAAAAGUAGCCAUACCAGCGACAUCAUCAUCAUCAUCAUUGGUACAAUCAUCUUCUUCUGAAACCUUGAAUUCUGAUGCUGAUAUUCAAGAAAUAUAUAAUUAUGCAAAACUCAUUCGUGACUGGCCAGAAGUAUCUAGUGCAUUAACAGCACAUCCUGAGUGGUUAACAAGAAUUCCUGAUAAUCGUCAAUGGGCAAUAUUACAUCAAAUAGUUUAUUCUGGUGAUGUAAAACAUUUAGAUGAAGCUCUUUCAUUACAAGCAACUAAUAGUGACUUUCGUCUUUUAUGUAGAGGACGGGACGGUAAAACUGUAUGUGAAGUUGCUGCUGAACGUGCAAGUAUUCAUCCAACAAUGUUACAGUGUAUUGAACGACUUGUUGCUAUUGAUGAACUAUUAGAUAAUGCUAAAAGUCGUAAAUGGGAUUUAGUAAAACAAUUUAUUACAUUACAACCAGAUAUUGUUAAUGAAAAAUCACCAUAUCGUCGUUAUUAUUUAAUACAUCAUCUUGCUUAUGUUGGACAACUUGAUGUAUUUAAAGAUUUAAGUAAAAUUUGUCAUUUUAGACUUGAUUUACUUGCUGGAAAUAAAACAAUCAUUCAACUUGCACGUGAACAUAAUAAAAUAGCAUUUGCUGAACAUAUUGAAAGUCUUCGAACAAAAUCAAAUGAAAUAACUGAAGAUAAAUCUGAUCAAACUAUAUCAUCACAAUUAACAGGUAUAAAAUAUUAUAGUUCAGAUUUUUAA